AUGGUCUCCGUUCGAUCCAAGAAAGUUCAGAAGCUUACUUACACCCAACGUGUCUUAUCGGCACUCUCGCAUAUUCAGAAAGAUUCUAGGAAACACGCCAUUCACCUCGCCACCAUUCGCGCGCAGGUUCGCAAGCAUGCCGAUGCACGCAAGGACAAGCUCGGCCCUCAGUGGGCACAUUUCGUCACGAAGGCGGUGCAUAAACUCGAAGACGACGGUAUCCUCCAGCGCGUAGACGGAGGUCCGACUGGGCAGGUUUCUUUCACGCCUGGCGGAAGGAAAUCGAUAAGCUCCGUUCGCCGCGCAAUCCCUCACACGGAGUCCACGGAAGACGUGCUAUGGAAAUACGUUACCCCCAUCGCCGCCGACGCAGCCUCUCCUGCCACAACCACAUCACAGUUGCCAUCGACCCCCCACGGUGCAGCGACUCAACCGCAGCGCGAUUACACUACUCCUACACGCAAAAGGAGGCGACCCUCUGGGUCUCCACUCAAACGCGUCACCCGACCUCGCUUCUCUACGAUCUCCACGCAUGUUUAUCCUCCCGAAGAUGAUGACAUGGAUAGUAAUACGGAUGCACAGACGGAUACGCCGACGGCUGCGAUAUCGAAGGGAGGCCGAAAAUCAGUGCGGUUGUCUAUUCACGGUGCUCAUAUUCAGCGCUAUGACGAGGACAUGGACGGCGAGGACGGCGAUAAUCGAGACGCCAUGGCUACCACCAAGCCCAAGAAAGCCAUAUCGAAGAUGUCCAAACCCGAGCUCAAGGCGGAGUUGCUCCGCAUGAGGAGGGUAUCGCUCGGGCUCCAGAAGGAGAACCAACAGCUGUCUGUACGAUUACGCGGGACAGACAUUGAAUCAGAGGAAGAGGGUGAUGGCAUGGAUAUCGUCCCCGGCACGGAUGCAUCAGAUCCGUUUGAGCGAGCUUUAUCUCCUCUUACGGAUAUUGACGACGGGUCGCCGCCUCCGUCCCCACCACCAAUGACGCAAGACGACGAUCGCGUCCCGACGCGUCCUUCAACCCCCACCCAACAGCUCACAACGCCAACUAUCCAUUUGCCGUCGCCGUCUCAGACGUCCCUCGCAUCGUCAGCGUCGCCCGAAACCCAGCAAGACGCCGUCACACCCAGUCGCAAUGCGAACCAAGGUCCCCAGCUGAACGAUGCACCCACGCGUACGCAGUCAGGAUCCCUCAUCUCACACAUCUCAAGGAGGCCAACGCCGGCGCCUUCCAAUCCUUCGUCUCCUACAUAUCCAACUGCACCUCUCGCUCCCAGUCAUGAAGCGGAGCAACGUCAUUCUGGCGGCGGUGAUUCCAGCACAGCUCUGGAGGUGGAAAAACUGGAGGCAACUAUCACCUCCCUUGAAGCGCAGAGAGAUCGGGUUUCGGCGACGAAUACGCGUUUGGAGGAGCAGUUACUGGUUUUGCAGACUAUGUAUCCGAGGAAAAUGGAUGAGCUCCAAGAAGAAUUGCUUGGCCGUGUGGAGGAGCUGCGCGUGGCGGGGGCGGGUAAGCGCGAGCUGCAAGAUCAGCUUCUGAAGAAGGAUGCAGAGGUCCAGUCCUUGGGGCAUGAUCUAGAGGCUGCCCGAGCCGACCUAUCUACUGCGCGCAUUGUUCUCGCCGAAGAAACCGCGAAAUUCCAAGGAGAGAAGGCUUCGCUUCAGAAGAAUAUCGAGGAACUUCUUUCUGCCAAGACAGCUCUUCUUGAAGAGGCGGAAGGGAACAAGAACGCGAAUGCUCAGCUAGUCGAGGCGACUGAACGAUUGAAGGCGGCGAAUCAGGACCUCGAGGCGAGAAUUGCGUUGAUUGAAGAGCAAGUCGUUCAAGGCGAGAUACAGAGCACGCAACUUGUGGAGGAGAAGGCGCAGGUCCACUUGAGGUUGGAGGAAGUUAUGUCGAAGAACCGGAAAGCUGAGGCGACCGUGACGGAACUUCGAAACACGGCUAUCGAAAUCGAAGUGGAGAGAGAUGCAAUGCGUAGUCAGGUGGACGCUUCGAAUCGCGAGUUGGAGGCAGCAAAGGUCCAGCUACUGACGGUGCAGGGCGACUUGGUGAAGAGGAUGGAGGAAAUUGGACGUCUGCAGGAGGACUCCAACAGCAAGACGGAUGCGUUGGUCAAGAAGGAUCAAGAAUUGACUACGAAAGACGUGGAGUUGGCGACCAACGCCGUGACUUUGGAGGCUAAUUCCAGCGAAAUCGCUCACUUACGAUCGCAAUUGGCCGACGCGCAGCACGAACAGGAAACUUCUAUGGAGCAGCGGAUACAACACGAGACGCAGAUACAAGACCUAUUGCACCAGUUGCACGAGAAGAAUGGUCUACUUGAGGCCACCCAGAAAGAGGUUGAGCUCUUGCGCGCACAAGUCUCGACGGCCAAUACCGAGAUACACCAACUAAACGAGCUGUUCGGGGGUACCAACUCGUCGCUUACUUCCGCCCAGCAGGCGUUAGCCUCAGUGAGAGAAGAGCUAGAGGGUGCUCUUGUGGAGCGAGGCACGAUGAGCGCAGAGAUUAUGCGCCUCAACACGGAGCUUGCUGCUAUACGGCAGGAGCAAGACGUCCUGCAGACGACUUCGUGCUCUCAAGCCGUUGCCUUAGAAGCCGCUCUCGAAGACCUAGAGGAUGAACGGAAGAAAUCAAAGGCCUUGGCGGAAGAUCACGCUGAGCUUCAGAAGCUCAAGGAAGGGGAUGAAGCCACCAUCCGUGGACUGAACCAAAGGACAACCAGGUUGAAGGAGCUUGUUGAGGAAUUUAAGAAGGGUCAGGCCAAAGUCUGGGGAAAUUUUGUCGACGCCCUCAGCGACUUCGAGCCAUGUCAAGCUUCGCCGUCUGGCAUCGACGUCUCAUCGGGGUCCUCAUUUCCCAGUGUCCCAGUCAACGCCCCUCUCUCUUCGCCUAUACGCUAA